CCCGGCCGCCACAGUCGGGGCAAAAAUGCUGCCCUUUCAAGGUUCCGGCCGACUCCCUUCCACGCCAGGGCCACCCGGAGCGCGAGCGGGCGGGUGUCUGUGUCAGGUGACCGCCUCCCGGAAGCGCCGCGGACCCCGCCCUCUCGGACUGGGUGGGAGGCGGAGUGGGGUUCCCAGGAUCAUGGCCAAACCCGGGAUGGGGCUGGACCCCGGGGGCGUAGCUGCCGCCACUGUGCUAAAGCGGGCGGUGGAGCUGGACGCCGAGUCCCGGUACCCGCAGGCGCUGGUGUGUUACCAGGAGGGCAUCGACCUGCUGCUGCAGGUUCUCAAAGGCACCAAAGAUGAUACAAAGAAAUGUAACCUCAGGAAAAAAAUUUCCGACUACAUGGAUAGAGCAGAAAACAUAAAGAAGUACUUGGAUCAAGAAAAAGAAGAUGGAAAGUAUCACAAGCAAAUUAAAAUAGAGGAGAAUGCAACAGGAUUCAGUUAUGAGUCGCUUUUUCAAGAAUACCUUAAUGAGACAGUGAGAGAAGUUUGGAUAGAAGACCCUUAUAUUAGACAUACUCAUCAGCUGUAUAACUUCCUUCGAUUUUGUGAGAUGCUUAUCAAGAAACCAUUCACAAGAUUCAGUUCAAGCAAGGAAAACCGACAUAUGCUUCAGCUAGAGGGCUUUGGGAAAGCACAGCAAAUUAGUGGCCUGGAAGAAAUAAAAGCAUCACUUAGGAAUCAUGGAGUGCUGUUGGAAUUAGAAUAUUCUUCUUCCAUACAUGACCGAGAAAUUAGGUUCAACAAUGGAUGGAUGAUUAAGAUUGGAAGGGGACUGGAUUAUUUUAAGAAACCACAGGGUCGUUUUUCCCUUGGAUAUUGUGAUUUUGAUUUAAGACCAUGUCAUGAAACAACAGUGGACAUUUUUCAUAACAGGCACACAAAAAAAAUAUGAUGGGCAGUAGCUUAAUUUACAGUGUAUAUUUCUAUUUUAAGUGAAUAUUAGAUUUUUUUAUACUUUGGACAUAUUAUUCCUAUAAAAUGUGAAUUUAAUAAACUUGUACAUUCCUACUAA